GUUUAGUGCGUUAGUAUGGAGGACGGAUAUAUAAACACAGUUGCCUAGUAACGGUAAGUGACAACUUUCCCUCAGGAGGCUCCUUCUACUGACCGCAGAUCUUUUACUGUUCUGUUUUUAAAGUUAAUUCUGAAGUGGUUAUAGCUCUUUUCCCAUCAUGCCUCGCGGAAGAUCAGCGAUAAGCGUCCACUCUGACUCCAGCGACAUGGACCUUGAUGCACUGGCAGAGGCAGAGAUUAGCAAGUUACAGAGGCAGUUUCGCAUCAUGGAGGGAGAUCGGCAGGCCUACAGCGUCCAGUCACAGGAGCUUAUUCGCAAACAACGUCUUGAGAUAGAAAAGCUGCGCAAGGAGCACGAGGAACUGCAGAAGAACCUGCGUGUAUCUGAGAGCCAGUCACGCAAGCAGGCUGACAGCCAUGACGCCCAGCAGCUCCGGACUCUCCUGAACCGCCGCAAUGAGCUCGAACAGCAGCUGGAGAGAGAGAGACUCAGUCAAGCAGAGCUGGAGCGAGAGAUCCAGAGUAUUCAGAAAAAACUGGAAGUGCUGAGAAAAGGGGAUGUAGGUACCUUUCACAGUCAGAAGUCUCAAGCUCUUCACAUCCAAAAGGCCACUCGCACCCUGGAAAAUAAACUGGACAGGGCUCUCAUUCGCUUCAACCAGCAGCUGGUGAAGAACAGCCAGCUGAGAGAAGAGCUGGAGACGCUGCGUGUGGAGCGCGUCCGCUUCCAGCAGCUACACCGCAAACUGGAAAAGGAGCUUCAGGAAAUCCGGCGGGAGAUUGGCGAUGUCAUCGGCAUGUCGACGGCAGCUUAUGAUGCCAGAAUGGAGGCCCAGACAAAGAUGACGAUGAUGAAGGAGAAGGCGGUGAAGGACUUAGCGCAGUACAACGCCGAAAUAAAGGAGCUAGAGAGGCUGAUCGCACACGAGCAGCGUCUUAAAGACUUCAUGACUACAAAGUGCAACGAGAGCACAGGACUGGACAAUGUCCUCAGCCACAAACACGAAAUAAAGGAGCAGCAGAGGAACGACUCAGAGGUGGCAGCGGAGACUCUAGAGGAAGUUUUUCAGCGGAUCAAGAAAGUGACCGGCGAAGAUGAUUUGGAAAUGCUAGUCACUAAAUUUAUCCAGGCCGAAGACAGGAACUUUGCUCUCUUUAAUUACGUGAACGAGCAAAACACAAACGCAGAGACGUUGAAAGAUGAAAUCAGACAGAUCAAAGAGGAUAUGGAGAGGUUUGAGGUGGAGGAUCAGCAGCAGGAGCAGGAGCAUCACACCACCCUCAAUCAGACGAAGGAGCAGCAGCGUGACACUGAAGCUCAGGCCCUGGAGUACGAGGCCCAGGCCAAGGAAACCACAGAGAUCCUGGAUCAGAUAAAGUCAGGAGUGAGCAGUUUGUUUAAUAAGAUCAAUUGCGACCGUGCGGAGGUGGAUGACCUGCUCGGUUCUUCAUCUGGAAUCAGAGACUCCAACAUCAUGACGUAUUUGAAGCUGGUGGAGCAGAAAACCAACGAGCUUCUCACUGUGCAGGCCUUCAUCAGCUCCAAGGACCGGGAGAAGUAUUAUGAUGCAAAAUUGGUGGCUCAGGUGCUGCUUGGGCAAAGUGCAGAGAUGCAGAAACAAGCUCCUGUCAUACAGCCUCCUGUCUCUGGCGAUGACUACGAUACAGAAGAGCUGCUACUCCCACAUGACGAUGAGAGACCUUUGACACAUGAAGAACUCCGUCAGUGCAUUAUGAACAGGAUUCUUCAAAAGGAAGAAGCAUUGCAUGCUGGGAAAAGCAAAGAGGUGAGGUCUUCUAAACUCAGCGCUCUGUCGAGCCACAGACAGCAUACACACGAAUUCACACUGUGAAGACUCGACUCAACCGUCGCACGAUCUUUGUACAGUACCUGUGUGUUACAAAUGCUGUGUGAGAUUAAUUACACUUCCACCUUCUCCACUUCUGACAGAAGAUUUCAUUUUUAUUUUCACAGACAUUUAAAGCAAAGUAAAUUUUUAAAACAAUACUCUACUUCUCAGAUCUACCGAAAACACCACGUUUAAUCCCUGUAGUAACACCAUUUCCAGUAGGAAGCAACUUUCCCUCCCUUUUAUGUAACCUCUGGUAUUAAGUGGUAUUGCAGUCUGGCAACCUAACAGCAGGGGGCAGUGUGUACAUUUGGUGUCAUUUGUACCAUGUAAUCCUUAAAUGAGUUACAAGGUUUAUCCUGGGAGAUAUAAACAUGUGCCAGGCUCUGAGGAGGAGAAAAAAAUAGGUGGGCUUAAUAUCAGUGGAAAACUUUGAAGAGUGGGCUGGGUCAAGUUCCCAGGUCAUGUGACUCCAUAUCAGCACUCAGUCAUCAACACAUCAAAAAGAACAACACGGAGGCUAAUGGCAGCAAGGAAGGAAGUGUUCAACACAAGAUCUUGAAUAAAUUACUUUUAUGAAAAGAGUGUUUUGAGAAUGAUGUAUGAUUAUGAUUCGCAUUUUUUUCCACUGCAAACCUUCUGGUAGAUCGGGAGUUGCCGUGUGCUCCUAAUUACCAAUAAUAAAUCCUUCGCUUUUACCCUGGCAGAGGAGACCUUCUCAUAUAAUCUAAUGGUUUGUGUUAAAACCGAGACGUCUUCUUGUCCUGUAAUAAAAACCGUUAUGUCAUCUGCAUGUGCUGAUAAAACCACUUUGGAAAGAACUUUCCAUUAGGGAUAAAAGUUCCCUCUCAGUUUAUUUCUUAAAUUGCUUAGCAAUGGUUCAAUAAUUAGGCUGUACAACUGCCCAGAGAGUGGACAUCCUUGUCUUAUGCCUCUCGUGACAGGUACUGGAGCACUUAGCCCACCCCCAGCCUUAACCAACACAUACACACCAACCGCACAUAUGAAAUCAAAACAUCACAGAACCCAAAAUGCGGGAUACAGUACGUUUGAUCAUUUUCUAUUAGUAGACCUAGACAAGGUUUGAGUCUAUUUGCUAGACAUUUUUUGGGGAGCAAUGACAACUGCUCUGCGACAACUCAUGGGAAGUGUCUUACUUUCCAAACAUUCAGAUUAAACCUUGCGUAGAUUCGGUCCGAUUAAAUCCCAGAACUGUUGAUAAAAUUCCACCGUAGGUCCAUCAAUUCCGGGGGAUCAGCCUUUGGAUAGUUGCCACAUUGCGUCUGAAAGUUCUUGAAAAGUCAUUAUGUUAUCCAGGUCUUUUCUUUGUUCCUCCCCAAGCUGAGGUACUGUAACUCUGCGAAUAUGUCAUCUGCACAGUCCAUGUCGCAACUCUCCGCAAUGUACAGUACGGCUUCCUCAUUUCUGUAGGAUCCGUCGUAGUAGAUCCGUCUGUGCGACGGAGGUGACACAUGGUCUCUUUUUUUCUUUAGAAAAAAGAACACACGGGGAGCAUCCAUAUCUCUGAUGGAGCAGUAUCUUGUUCUCACCAGUGCUCCUUUUGCUGGUUCUUGUAAAAGAGAGCUCAGUUCUUGUCUUUACUUUUUUAGUCCAUCAAGAUGCACCGACUCAUUGUUAUUUACAAACUCUCUUUCCAGAACCUCAAUGUCUCUUUGCAGAGCAUUAAUAGAUUUUUUUAACAAUAGCAGAUGAGUGAAAUAGUGAAUAGUUUUGACAAAACAUUUUAAUGUAAGCCUUUCCCACAUCCCACCAUUGGCUAAGACUGUCAAAAAAAGACUUCUUUGCCCUCCAAAUAUUCCAGAAAUAUUAUAAAUUUUCACAAAAGAAAACGUCCUGUAAGAACUUGAAAUUAAAAAUCUAAUUGUCAGGACUCAGCCCCGCCCUUGUCUCUUCCUGCCCGCUUCUGGACACCUGUUCCUUAUGUUUCUUCAUGAUUUAGUAUUUAGUUGAGCCACGUUGCCUUAAGCAGCAUUGAAUCCUCUGUUGUCUUUUGUUGUCGUCUUGUCUUGAGUCCGUGUUCCGGUUCUGUGUUUUGUUUUAGUAAUAAAUCCUGUUUUUUUAUGCUA